AGUGUCCCCACCUCCUUCAAAACCGCGCACUCUGCUCCACCCUAACCGGGUCCAGUAUUCGGCCGCCGGCGGAGCCGUACCGCCCUACUCUGCCAGGCUCUGGAGGGUACCCCGGAAACCAUGGAGGUCCUGGCCUUGGCCGGAUACCGCGCCCAGAAGGAGGACGAGCUGAGCCUGGCGUGCGGGGACGUAGUCCGGGAAGUACGCGCGGGCCCAGCCCGGGGCUGGCUGCGCGGAGAACGGGGGGGCCGUUGUGGCCUUUUCCCCGAGUGCCUGGUGCAGGAAAUUCCCGAGAACCUGCGAGGCGCCGGGAAGGCGCGGAGACCGCGCUAUGCGCGCCGCAGAGGUCACCCCUCCAAACCUCGGGCUGCCCAAAGAUGGUGCAAAGUGAACUUCAACUACAGCCCAGAGCAGGCGGACGAGCUGAAGCUUCAAGCUGGGGAGAUGGUGGAAGUGAUAAAGGAGAUUGAGGACGGAUGGUGGCUGGGGAAGAAGAACGGGCAGCUGGGAGCCUUCCCAUCCAACUUUGUGGAGUUGCUGGACAGUGGGCCCCCAAGCCUUGGUAACCUAGAUGUGCCUUCGGUCAUCUCUGGUCCCCAGCGGCCUCCCAAGCUGAGCAGCUUGACCUAUGAUAGCCCUCCAGACUACCUGCGAACAGUCUCCCGCCCUGAGACCUACAGGGUCCUGUUUGACUACCAGCCGGAGGCCCCGGACGAGUUGGCGCUGCGAAGGGGGGAUGAGGUGAAAGUACUGAGGAAGACCACAGAGGAUAAGGGUUGGUGGGAAGGAGAGUCUCAAGGCAGAAGAGGAGUUUUUCCAGACAACUUUGUGCUCCCACCACCCCCAAUCAAGAAGCUGAUUCCACGGAAAAUGGUAUCUCGGGAAUCAGUUCCUAUUAAGGACCCGAAAAAGAUGCCCAAAACAGCCAUACCUAUGCUCAAGAAGCUGGCAACAGCCCCAAAUGGGCCCAGCAAAACCAAGACACCCAGCGGGGAAGGUCAGAAGCGCCUCCCCCAUGACUCAGGCUAUAGCGGCAGCUUCCUCAACGGGAAUCCUGGCUACUCUGGCAGAAAGCGAUCCAAAACCCAGGUUCCCCGGCAACGUUCUGUACUCGGUCAGGAGGAAGAGCAGAGCAGCCUGAUGAAGGCCUCUUCUGUGAAUAAAACCCCCAGUCUGGACAAGACCUCCACCCCAGAGAAGACCCCGGCCUCGGAUGAAGUCAGCACUCCAGAGAAGAUCCCAACUCCUGACAAGUCCCCUGCCCCAGAAAGGGUCUCUUCUGUGGAUAAGGUCCCAGAAGUCCCACUUGGGCAUGAAGCCCCUUACUCAAAGAUGGCCCCUUCUGGGGAUGAGGCCCCCGCACUAGAUAAGGUCUUGACCCCAGAACAGGUGCUCUCUGAAGAGGCCUCUGCUCAAGAUAAUGCUCAAGUCCAUCAUGUCUUCCCAGAGGAAGCUCUGCAGCAGGCCAAGGCCCUUGUGGCCAAGGAGGCUCAAUCCCAAGAGGAGGGCCACAUACCAAAGGAGCCCUUGCUCCAGCCUCACUCCCCAGAGAGCAUGAUGAAACACCUCCUGGAUGAGAGGGACAGCUCCCUCCUCCUGCAUGAGCCCAAGUCCAAGCCCAAGACCAUGUCCUCCGUUGAAAAGCCCCACCCACAGGCAGAGGCUACAACCCUCAAAGAGGAGGCACCUGCCAAGGGUGAGACUACCCCACAAGAGGAGAUGACCCUGAACAAGGAGGUGCCCCCUAAAGAGGAGAUGCCGCUGAAAGAGGGGGUGUCUCCCAAAGAGGAGGUACCUCCCACAGAGGUAGCCCCUACUCUAAAGAAACCACAUCCUAACAAGCCGACUUCAGAUCCCCAAGAGAUUCCCUCCCUUCAUCCCCUGGCCCCGCAAAAUCCCACAGAAAUCAAGGGCGACAGUGUCGACCUAAUGAGUCUAAAGGAGGAGAUGGAGUCUCUAAGGAGGUCUCUGGAGCUGAUGGGGGUGCAGCUGGAAAGGAAACUGACCAACAUCUGGGAGGAGCUGAGGAACGAGCGGGAGAAGCGCCUGUUGCUGGAGGUUCAGAUGGUGCAGAAGACUCGGGAGUCCCCGAAUCGGGAGUCUAUGCACGCGCAGACGCAGACGAACUGAGGGCGGACCCGGGAGGAAUACGGUCCGACCUAGAGGGACACAUGGCUUCGGCCGCCCACAUCCUUGCACAGGACUUCGGGAAACUGGAGAGAGUAAACUCGCCUAGUACGCG